AUGAAAAAAAUUCUAAGUAUAUGGUUGCUCCUAUUAUCCCUGCCACUGAUUCCCGCUGAUUUUGAGGACGAUAUAGUUGAGAAAAUUAAUUACUUCAGACGUCAACACAAAGUACCGCGUCUGAAGUUGAACAAAGAUCUCAGCACUGCAGCCAUGGAAGCUGCUUAUGUUUAUGCUUUGGGAAAAUUUGCAUAUGUUGACAAUCCACUGUCUCCGUACACAGAAAAUGGUUGCAUCAUGAGUAUACGACAUCCUCCCACAGACUGCAUAGAAAAAUGGUACAACGAAGGCGCUAGCUAUGAUUUUAAAAAUCCUAAUCCUUCUAUUUACAAUAGAGAGUUUGCGGUUUUAAUGUGGAGAUCAUCCAGAGAAGUAGGCAUUGGCUAUGCCAUGACACCCGAUCUAAUGAGCUACUGUAUGAUUGUGAGGCUGGCGCCGGCUGGCUUACAAGAUGGAGAGUUCGAGCAAAAUGUAACCCCACGAAAUCAAAGCAAUAAUAUGCAAAUUAGCGAGGAUGUCAUCAAAUUUUUGUGGAUCUCUGUACUUCUACAGCUAAUAAUUGUAACUUAAUCAUUUAUUACUGAUCGUCAACUUAUUUGUUAAUGAGAUGUUAAUAGCGGUGAUAUAACUAAUAAAGCUGAAUAAAUGAAAAAUCA